GUGGGCACAGGUGGGUGGCACUGCUGGGCACAGGUAGGUGGCACUUCUGGGCACAGGUGGGUGCACUGCUGGGCACAGGUGGGUGCACUGCUGGGCACAAGUGGGUGCACUGCUGGGCACGGGUGGGCGGAGCUAGUGGGCGCACUGCUGGGCACAGGUGGGCGGAACUUGCGGGUGGCACUGCUGGGCACCGAUCAUCAGGGCACUGAUCAUCAGUGCCCUGAUGAUCGGUGCCGAUCCCCGCUCUGACAACUGCCGGUUCUCGGCAGUACUUUCCUCACGAUCUGACAGCGUGAGGAAAGUGCAGCCGAGAACCGGCACUUGCAU